AUGAACGACCACAGAGUAACCUAUGCAGAGGUGAAGCUGGCGAAGGGCUCAAAGAGACCCCAAGUGAAACCUCAAGAGGGGAAAAGCUGCACCACAGAGACCGACCAGGGAAUAACCUACGCAGAAUUAAAUCUCCACAAAUCCCGGGGUCCUCAGGAGAAUGGCAAGUCCCGUCAGUGCAAAGGCUCACCGGCUCCUCCCGAGAAGCGCAUAGCUGGGGUCUUGGGACUCACCUGCCUUGUGCUGAUAUGCGUUAUUGUGUCCGUGAUUGUUAAAACCGUAGAGCACGAAAGCUCCCCUUCACCAACAGAAGAUCAGAUAACCUCUGUGGAAAUAAAUUUUGAAAAUAUUUUUCAGGAUCUUCAGGAGAAUAACAAGUAUAGAUCUGCAAAGUUGGAACAUUUACUAGACACAUGCAACUGUUCUGGGCUGAGCAGUCGGGAGCCACAGUGUGUAAGAGUAGGGGAUAAACUCACAUAUUCCGACUCGCCCUCACCUCCGGGGAUGAUUGCUGUUGAGGACCUGGGGAUCGUCUUGCUGCCCACAGUCGUAAAAAUCAUAGCUCUCAUCGCUUGCUCACCGGCUCCUCCCGAGAAGAGCAUAGCUGGGGUCUUGGGACUCACCUGCCUUGUGUUGAUAUGCGUUAUUGUGUCAGUGAUUGUUAAAACCCCAGAAUACAGUUGCAGCUUUUGCCCACAUGGGUGGUUCUCCUACUCUAACAGUUGCUAUUACUUUGCUGGUGAGAAAAAGACCUGGAAUGAGAGCGUGACCGACUGUCAGAGAAUCAACUCUCAGCUGCUCUACAUAGACAGUGAGGAAGAAAAGGAUUUUCAAGGGAAUGACAAGCACCGACCUGCAGAGCUGAAACAGUUACUAGAUGCGUGCAGCUGUUCUGGGCUGUGCAACUGGGCGCCACAGUGUGAAAGAGUAGGGGAUAAACACAUAUUCCGGUGUGAGACUUGGAGCUUGGAAUACGAAUAUGCCAUUGUAAUCUGA